GACAACGAAAGGCUUCAAGACCACUUAAUCGAGCGAUGCAUCUACGAGCGACUUGGGAAGCAUAAACGGAUAUGCGAGCUCAAGUAUGCAAUUGACCGCGGGCUUGUUCUUGAGAGACUCAAGCAAUGUCUACGGGAGCGGUUGGAGGACUUUCAGAAGCUCGGCACGGUACCCUCGCACGAGGAGGCAUUUAGAUGGUCGAUUCAGGCAGCACAAGCAUCUGCUUAUAUCCAUGAGAAAGGAAUUCUUCAGAGCGAUAUGGGCUGCCAUAACUUUCUUCUUGAUGAAGACGACAACGUUAAACUCUGCGAUUUCGGCGGCUCGUCGAUUGACGGCUCUAAACCUUUAUGCGCCCCCGGAGCUGGAUAUCAACGCCCUACGGACGACACCGAUACUUUCACGGUCAAGGAUGAUUUAUUUGCCCUUGGCAGCACCCUCUACGAGAUUUGGACAAGUAAAAGGCCCUACCAGAACGACCAAAACGAUUUUCGGUGCGAGAGAGAUCACUACAGGACUGUGUUGGAUCACUUCAGAAACCAACGUUUCCCGGAUCUGACGAGGGUCCUUCCCGCUGGGAUUAUAAGGCAAUGCUGGCUCGAUCACUACACGUCGGCUGCAGAGGUAGUUAUGGACCUAGAAGCACUC